CCAGCAGAAUGGGAUGAUGGAACUACAAUCUCGUCGAGCUUCCGGUCACGUGGUGAUGAAUGUCUUGAAAGUAUGUGGGUCAUUCAACUAUCCUCGUUUUCAUCCUUCGAAGCAAUAAGUUGAGGGAACCUCAAAUUAAAAGCCUUGACUUUUUCCCCUUAGCCAAGAGGCAGAACACAAGGCUGCACUCUCGCCUAUUAUGGAAACAAUUUGUAAACGAUGCGAUAAACCAUGUUUUAGGUUGAGCGAUCGUUUUUUUCACCCACCAAUGGCAGAAAACAACGCGACGUAUGGGCAUGCACCUCCAGGAAAACAAACCACCGUCAAACAGUAAACAGGCCGAAAUUCUAAUCGCAAUUCAUCCAACCACUCGAUGGCUCUUUGUUCGAAACAAGGGCGUUUUGCGGCUGCACCGGAACGACCUUGCCCAGAACCGAAGAGGUACCUGAAGAAACGCAUCCAGGCGUUUUUUCCCAGCCCAAAAAACUUUCGCGGGAACGAAUCUCGCGCACACGUGGUUUGAGGAAGCAGCGCGUGAACGACUUUUUAUUGAGCGUCAACAAAUAGAAUUUCGGUUGGGUUGGUUGUUAAGGUUAGGUGAUCGUAGUAGCCGCAGCAACUUCUUUCGGACUGACAUUCUCUUGCGAUGAAAGCACGUGAGAAUUUGCAGCUUUCGAGCGACUGUUCGGCUGCAGCCAGAUAACUGUGUGGUUUUUGGAUGGAAAUGGUUCACUCUAUCGUUUGGACACGGGCUUGGACGAAAUUCGAGUCAUCGCGAGUUGCGCUGCUGCCGGAUUGAAUUUUUCGUUGUCGAGACAGCGAAGAGCUGCGCAGUUGACGGUGAAGCGUCUUAGGCCGUGCAGAUAUAAAAACAGACGGCGGAAGAACGGACCUGCUAGUGUAGGCACAGGAUCGCAUAUCGCUGUACGGUAUAAUAAGAUCGUUCGACAUUUGGGAUUGGGCUUUGGGUUGAAGAAUGUGUUGAUGAGAGCAGUGUCGAAGCAAAUUCGAACAAUGGACCAACGACGGGUGUAUUAUUUGGCGGUGUUGGGGGUGGUGGCGUUUCUGGGGUUUUUGGGGAGAUGCGAGGGAGUUCGGUACGGGGUGGUUUGUCGAGUGAAAGACACAUCGGUGGUACAGAACUGUAAUGUGUUGAAGGACUGUAUGUAUGAGGUGUACCCGGUUGAGACGGCCCAAAAUUCGAUGAAUGCAGUGAGCCACUUUGGAAAUCAGAACAAACUGUUUGCCCUUUAUGGAGGACCCAGUUCCUGUGCGUAUUUUUUCAACCUGAUCAAGAGUCAGAAGGGGCAGCAAACGCUGGUGGAUACGAUUUCGAAGCUGCUGCAGAAAAGUGGAUAUCGUGGGCUGGAUCUGCAAUGUGAUCCUUCCCUAGCGAUGGAUACUCAACAAGAUUACUCGGACUUCCUGGCCAAUUUGCGAAGCCAAAUCGGCGGAGGAUACAUCAUAUCGGUAACGAUCCGUAGUGCUACUGUGGCGCCUUGCAUCGUCAGCACCCUCAACAACGUGGUCGAUCUGAUCAAUGUUCCAGUCGAUACGAGCAUGCCACAGCUCUCGGCAAUCGAGAGUUUGGUAGCCAAUGGUUUGCAGCGUCACAAGGUCGUUUUGGAUAUCCAGCUUCCUAAUGUUGUGAACUGUCCCUGUGAAUCCGGAACGGACAACCUGUUUGCGAUGAUCCGGAAUGCGGUGCACGUGGUGGAAACCAACAGCCUGUUUGGGGCCAGCUUGCAGCUGGACAAGGAUGAUGCGGCUGGGGUUUGUGCCAAGGGGCGGUUUCCGCUGUUUUCGUUGUUGGUCACGCAGCUCGGCAUCGGGGCGUCCCAUGCGGCGGCAUCUGGCAAGGGGGGUUCGAGCUGCGCCUACAGUGGGUUCGUGCGCGAUACCCGGGACUGUUCCCGGUUCUACACCUGCAAUCAGGGAGUCCAAAACCAGAACCAAUGCCCGGCAGGUAAGUCGUUCGAUCUGUGCAGCAGCACCUGUCAGCCGACGUUCCAGGUGAACUGCAACCAGACCACGUGCAGCACCUUCCUGACGCUGGACGGGGGAAAUCGGAUUCCGAUUGCGAUUCCCUAUCCGUUCCCGAUUCCCGGUGCUAGCAGCGGAACUGUGGGUAGUACCGGCGGAAUGGGUGGAACCGGAACUGGGCCCGGCAAGACGGAAAUCGUCAACAUAACUAACGUUGUUAUGGUGAACAAUCAAACCUCGGAACUGCUGAAGCUAUUGAACGCUACGGACCUGGAACAGACUGUAGGUGUUGUUAACACUGCCCUGAAGGACGUAUACCCACCAUUGAAGGAUGUUGUAGAUCAAGUCAACACCCUGCUGAAGAAUCUUUUGCUGGGAAAUAAUGCUAUGAACUCGACGAUGAGCCAGAUGGAUGGCAUGAACAAGAAACUAGGACUUUUGGAAAGUAUCUUGGACGUGGUAGUUAAGCUGCUGAAGAAUUUGCUGGGACUUGAUCUGGGUGGGCUUUUGGGUGGAGGAGGUGGUGGAGGCAGUCCUCUAUCCGGAGUACUCGGGGGCGGUGGAGGUGGUGCCUCACCGACUGAUGCGCUAGGAGCACUUACUGGAGGAGGAGGAUCACCACUAGACGCCGUUACAGGUCUAGCUGGUGGAGGAGGAUCACCACUAGACGCUGUUACAGGUCUAGCUGGUGGAGGAGGAUCUCCACUAGACGCCGUCACAGGUUUAGCUGGUGGAGGAGGCUCUCCGCUUGAUGCAGUUACAGGUCUCGCUGGCGGAGGAGGAUCUCCGCUUGAUGCAGUAACAGGAGGUGGAUCUCCUUUAGGAGCAGUUACUGGCGUUCUUGGAGGUCUCGGAGGUCUUGGUCGAUAAAUAAACGAUUAAAUUAUUUCAUUUUUACGUUCCCGAUAAACCGUUUUGUUUCUACAUUCCGGAAGCAAGUAUCACAUCACUCCUUCUGAUGCGUAUGAGUACUAGAACCAAGGGGAAUGCAUUCCUCCCGGAGCGGUGCGUGUCAAAACGCCCACAACGGGUGCG